AGUGUAUUGCAACAUUGUAAAAAAAGUUAGUGUCAUGGACGCCGUGCUGUGUAUACUGUGCGUUUGCGUUUUUAAGUGUUUUUUUGCCUUAAAUUCGUGCUCUUUUCAUAAAUCCGUUGAGUUGAGUUCGCUCCUCCGGUUUUAUAAGACUUUAAGUUAUUUAUUGUGAGACAGGACUCCAUUUACUUCCGAUAUGUCGUCGGAUAAAAAGUGUUGUGUACCUGGGUGUUUUGAGUCCGUUGCAUCGCAUAAAGUGCUGCAUCUAUUUACCAACCCCAACAAAGACCCGGAUCGUGUCGAAGCUUGGAGAAAGGCUGUUGGCGGAAAGAUACUUGAAUUAUCUUUCGAGCAUAUUUACAAGUAUCGUCGUGUAUGCAGUGCUCAUUUCGAAGAUAAAUUUCAAUGUCGCUACGAGAGACUGUCCAACAUAUCAAUUCCAACCGUUAAUAUGGCAGGUAAACAAAGAAUGGCUCCAACUCAAGCUAUAGCUUCUGAUGAAUUGAACGAAAAUACACCUGUAAUAGAAUUACCAAUUGGUCAUUUAAGGAAUUUGAAGAAAAGAGUGAAAAUGAAAGCACUGAAAGAUCAAAAAUAA